CCAGAAACACAAGCAACAUGGACCUUGCUCUCCUCUGCAUGGUCCUGCCGCUGCUCACGGUGGCCUGGGGCCAAUACAUGGACUAUUAUGACCCGUAUAGUGACUACAGGGGCAGCGACGAAUGGGUCAAUGUGUACCGGCAGGGUUUCAAUUUCCAGUGUCCUCAUGGACAAGUGAUAGUGGCCGUGAGGAGUACUUUCAGCAAAAAGGAAGGCUCUGACAGACUGUGGAACUAUGCCUGCAUGCCUACCCCUCACACCUUGGGAGAGCCCUCAGAGUGCUGGUGGGAAGAGAUCAACAGAGCUGGACUGGAAUGGUAUCAAACAUGCUCAAAUAAUGGGUUGGUGGCAGGAUUCCAGAGCCAAUAUUUUCCGUCGGUGCUUGAUCGAGAGUGGCAAUUCUAUUGCUGCCGCUACAGCCGGAGAUGUCCUUAUUCAUGUUGGUUGACAACAGAACACCCAGAACACUACGGGGAAGAUAUGGACAUGAUGAUGUAUACCUAUGAUCAUUACAUCCGUGGAGCAGCCACAACUUUCUCCGGUGUGGAAAGGGAUCGCCAGUGGAAGUUUAUUAUCUGCAGGAUGACGGAUUUUGACUGCCAGUUUGACAAUUUUAAAAAGAAGUGAAUAUGUGCCAUGUUUCUGGGGGUGGGGUGUUAGGGGGGAAUGAAGGUAGAGGGGAAAGGAGAAAAAAAAAUAGCAAAGGCAAUAUAUCAACCAUACACCAGUUUCUUUGCAGAUGAGUAAGAAUGACUCUUAUUCUGCGAAGAGGGCUGCGAAGAACACUGAGCUCAACUUUACAAGACAGGCACAUCCAUUUGGCUCUUAAUUAGGGAUUAGAUGGGCUGGGUUGAUUUACAUAAUCUCUGCAGAGCAUGUGUGCAGAGUACUUCCACUUCCAACCCUUCCUGGCCCUUCGACAUAUACCUGGUGGAUGCAACGGCAGGGGACCCAUGUUAACACUGUAGUGUGUAGUGUGUGUAUUUCUGCCCUUUACUGGGUCACUUCCAGCACUGGCCUGAGAGUAUGGGUAGCUGCCUUGUGUGUGUGCCUUUAGACUACACUUUGGACCAUUCCGUUGAUUAUUUUUUUUUAUUCACAGCUACUUUACCUUGUUUAGAUGCUUUCUGAUAUAAACCUAGAUGAAGCCAUUUCCUUUGCUGUCUAGCUCACCUGUACAGAUGCAUCGUGAUUUUGCAUGGCAUCUUUGUAUCCACUCCGCCCCGUUGUCAGUUUACAAAAAAGGACCCCCAAAACGCCCAAAAUUGUGCUUUGCUGAUGUUUCAGAGCUAAUCAUUUGCCAACAAAUGCUACCAGUGUGCAUGCCUCCUUCAAAAUAUCCCAGAGCAGCAAGCCAAACCACACAGAAUGUUAAUCAUGCCCCUUCGCCUGGAGUGCAGACUUCUUAUUGCACAAACUAAGCAGUGUGGCAAUUCAAUCCAUAUUGAGAUCUUGGUGUGGGAGCAGGAGGGGGCUUUAGCUCUCUGUCCCCUGCUGUAGUCUCAAUAUUUGGAUUGCCCUCCAUGCCCAAAAUUUGCAUUGAGGAGGAGAAGCAGCUGAGCAAAUGGGAGCUCACCACCACAAAAGAAUUUCAAGUUCCCUCCUCAUCUCGACUGGGAAUGCAGUGGUGGUGAUAUAGGGUGGAAGCUUCCCUGCCCCUGAUCCAACUCAGGACCCCACCCUGUCAAUUUCUGCAGAAAAAAUCUUGCUCCCAGUGCCAAACAACAUGAUUAAUGUAGUGCCCUUACAAUUAGAGGAUAGCAGAGGCAUUUUUUUCUAUGCCACAAUUUUGCAACCCAUGCAAAUAUAUCACAUUCAUAUUAUCUGUUGUGGGGAACCCUCCCCCCCCCGAUGUUACUUGCCUACAACUCCCCUUAUCCUUGGCCAUUGGCCAUGCUUUCUGGGGCUGAUGGGAAUUGUAGUUCAGCAAUAUCAGGAGGAUCAAAGUUUCUCCAUACCUGUUAUAUAGCAAGCCUGCCUGACAGGAAGGAUGCCAAAGAUUGCUUAUCAACACUAUCGCCUGAAAUAUGAUCGCUUCUACAAUUAAUAUGUCUAAAUUUCAGGUGAACUUUGAAACGGUAUCAAGUUGUGGUUUUCUUAAUGUUUUCUUUGACAUCCUGAAUAAUCAGAGUCCUAUGAUGAAUAAAAUAAUACCAGAUCUCCAACUUCUAACUAAAAAGGGAAUAUAGAGUUGCAGUUUUGCGACUGAACAUGAUUGUAUAAAACUGACAACAUCCUGAUGAAGUGUGCUAUGUAAGUCAAAUGUGGGGUAUAACUUUAUUGGGCAUUAAAAGGUGUGACUAUGUCCCUGAAGCUGGUGACAAUUUGUUCUAUCACAGGAGAGGAUUAAAUAAAUAAAAAAAGGGAGAUACUUAAGAACCCAAAGACAACCCUGUUGAAAUAAACUAUGCAAUUUACUCCAAUUGCCUGUAUUAGGAUAUCCUUAUUAUGUCUGGUAUUUACAAGCACAUUGUCAAUUGUUAUCCUAAUCA